GCAUCAACCCUUGCUCAUUUUGCGGCAAGUGGGAGGAAAUCACGCCGAAGUGCAGUAUAAAAGCGGUCGGUGGCGUCCGAAGAGCAUCACUUGCACACCACCGAGAUCUCAUCCAACAUGAAGGCUUUCAUCGUUCUCGCCCUGCUGGCCGCCGCGUGCGCCGAGCCCCCCGUAGGCAACAACUACCUGCCCCCCAACCAGGGUGGCCAGUCUUCCGGAGGCUACAGCAGAGGAGGCCCUUCCAACGGCGGCUUCUCCUCGCCUGGAGGCUUCUCUGGAUCCAACGGCGGAUUCGGCGGCGGAUCUCAGGGUGGCUACCCCUCCGGACCUGCUGGUGGUGGAUACUCCUCCGGAGGACCUGGCGGAUUCGGCUCCAGGAACAGCGAUGACGGAUCCAACGGCGAGCCCGCCAAGUACGAAUUCAAGUACGACGUGAACGACCCUGCCAGCGGCAGCGACUUCGGCCACAGGGAGAGCCGCGACGGCGACUACGUUCAGGGCGAGUACCGCGUGCUGCUCCCUGACGGCCGCACCCAGAUCGUCAAGUACGAGGCCGACCAGAACGGAUACAGGCCCACCAUCGAGUACCAGGGCGAGGCCAACAACGGCGGUCAGGGCGGCCAGGGCGGUUACCCCUCUGCCGGCGGUCAGGGCGGCUACCCCGCUGCCGGCGGCCCGGGUGGAUUCGGAGGCGCCUCCUCCAGGGCACCCGGAUUCGGCAACGGCCCCUACUAAAUGCGAAUCGUGCAUGAUUGUAAAUUAGUCAUCGCAGAGUUACCAACGGAGAUGAAAUUUUGUGUAUAAUUAGACUUGUUUUCAAACUUUGUUUGGCUGUAAAUUUUAUUAUUUGUAAAGCAAUUGUUUGCUGUGUCUCCAACUGAUGAAAAUUUGUGUUUUGGAAGGUGGAGUGAAUCGAUCGUUACCUUGACGUUGUAUUUAUAAUAUCUAUGAAUGAUUUGUAAAUUUCUAACAUUGACUAUAGCAUUUUAUCCAUGCACUAACAGUCAAUAAAUAAAUAAAUAUAUACUCUCAAAUAACAA